UACCUGUGCAUUAGCUCCCCUCGUAAAUAUACUCCACGAGAGAAGAGAGAGAGAGAGAGAGAGAGAGAGAUAGAUGGCAACGCUUAGGGUACCUUCUCCGGUUCCUUCUCCAGUUGAAGACGCUGAGCAGCUCAGGAAGGCCUGCCAAGGAUGGGGCACCGAUGAGAAGAAAGUCAUUAACAUACUAGGACAUAGAGAUGCAGCUCAUAGGCAACAAAUCCAGCAGUCUUAUGAAGAACUCUAUAAAGAGAAGCUCUCAAAGAGACUUGAAUCUGAACUCAAGGGGCAUUUUGAGAAAGCAGUGUACCGUUGGAUGUUCAGUCCUCUGGAUAGAGAAGCAGUCCUAGCUAAAAUUGCUUUGACAAAAGGAUUAGAUUAUAGAGUGAUCAUAGAAACCUCUUGCAUAAAUUCAACAAACCAUUUUUUAGCAGUGAAACAAACCUAUCAGAAUCAUUACAAACAUUCCUUGGAGGAAGAUGUUGCCUCCAACAGCCAUGGAGAUUUGAGAAAGCUUUUGGUUGGUUUGGUGGGCACAUAUAGAUAUGAAGGCGAUGAAGUUGAUGUUCGACUAGCGCAUUCUGAAGCAGACAUUCUUCAUGAUGCCAUCAAUAAGAAAUCAUUCAAUCAUGAUGAGGUUAUAAGAAUCGUGACAACAAGGAGCAAAGCGCAACUAAAUGCAACUUUCAACAAGUACAAAGAUGAGCAUGGAGUUUCAAUCCUAAAGGACUUAAAAACAGAGAAUCAAGAUGAUCUAGCUUCAGCACUUCGAACCGCGAUUCGGUGCAUCAUUUCUCCUCACAAGUACUAUGAGAAGCUGCUAAGAACGGUGCUGAACAAAUCAGAGACGGAUGAAGAUACACUGACUCGAGUGAUUGUGACACGUGCGGAGAAAGACUUGAAAGAGAUCAUGGAUUUAUUUGAAAAUAGGACCAAUGUAAGUCUGGAACAAGCCAUAACCAAGCACAUUCAUGGGCACUACAAGCACUUUCUCUUGGCAUUAGUUGGAAAAUGAUUUGGAAUUAUGGAAUAUAGUUGAAGAGCUAUGUAGUUUUUCUGGCUAUGUCGAUGGGGAGGUCUGUUGAGUUUUCUAUUUAAGCUUGCUGUUAGUUCAAGUUUUUGCUUGUGAGCAGUGCUGUCAUGGUUGUAAUAAGGAAAAGCUUUUGCGUGGUCGGUAAAAGCUAGAAUUUCUGAAAUGAAACUUUAAUUUAUGAUUUUGUU